AUGCCCGCGAUGGUUACUCACGCAGAACCAAUGUCAAUAACUGGCUCUGUCCAAACACUACGCGCGACCGAGCGAAAUCACACUUCCGACAACACAGCGCUCGAGCACAGCGACUACCAAGCCGACGGCAGCAAAGAUGCGGCUAUCGGUCCAGAUCAACAACACAGCACGAGCAAGUCUGACGUCGGGUUAUUAGCCGAGAAGGAUUUCGAUAGAUUGCUCACCGAGGUUCCUGAAUACAACCACGCUGAUCCAUAUACUCCGACUAGAAACACCACUAUACAGCAACGCACUACGCAGGCGAACGGGUCCCAUGCCAACGACAGCCAAGAAGCCAUUCGCAAAGAGACCGGUGACUCGAACCUGAUAUCAGCCACCAAGACGCAAGAGAGCACACAGACCUCAAAUUCCUCUCUUGCUUCGCUUCCACCCGCGGAGGCUUUCAAAAGCCCGAAUAGAAGGAACUGGGGCGAUGACCGGAACAUAGUCUUGCCAGACCGCGACAACGCUGAAGGGUUCGUCAGCGCGCCGGGAAGUCCUAUGGCCACGCCUGAUGGGAAUCAUGAAAACACCGGCUGGGGCCGUCUGUUCAAUGCUGCCGAUGGCUGGCUUGAUCGUCUCCGUAGCACGAGACCCGAAGACGGCGAAGCACCUGUUGAUCAAGAUCAAUACACCGAAGGAGCCGAAGCGGACGGUGGUGAACGAGAUUUGCAAGAGGGUCGAGAGGCCACUGCCGAUCAGGCAUCUCGGAAAUGGAUAUCCUCUCACCAGCGUCGAUCGACCGUUGCCGACAUCCCUCGCAACAUCACGGCUCGCAAGUCGCCUUUCAGACGGCAGUCGUCAGUCGAGCAUUACGACAGCGGGAACAGCAACGCAAACAUGUUUUCAAUCACUACGCUGCGCCGGGAACACGGUGGAACUAGUGGCUCGGGCGGCAAUGCAAGCGGCGGGCCCUCUCCCGCAAACUUGCAGCGAUGGAAGGACAUUCGCGCGCGUCUGCAGUUCAUCAACUUUACAAAGAAAAAGAAAGAAGAGGAAGCAAAGCACGACCACCAGAAAUCAGCCGAGCUGCUAUCAGAGUUAUCAGCAGGAGCUCCCGCCGCUGUAAUUAUCGCCUCUGCGUUCCAAAAGGACUCAAAGGGACGCAGCCGGUUGCCGGUCCUGCUCGAGCAACUCAAGGUGCGCAUCAGCGACUCCACCCGCACGCAGGAUCGCCAGCACACGCUUUUCAGGAUCGAGCUCGAGUACGGCUCUGGCCCGAUCCGGAUGAAAUGGGUCAUCUUUCGUGAUUUCCGCGACUUCUUUGCGCUGCAUUCACAUUUCCGCGCGUUCAACUUCACACGGAAUAUCUACUCGUCGACUACAGGUGGCGCGACUAUGGGCGGCGCACACGCUAUCGAGGGACUGCCGCGCUUUCCUCGCGAGGCGAUUCCGUACUUGCGCGGCGUUCGUGGACUGAAAGAUGUGGCCGAGGCCGAAGCUGAUAUGCCAGCCAGCCGAGGCGGACGACGGGAUUCGUCUAGACAUAGCAUAACCAGUUUCAGCGGCGAGCAAGGCCAUGUUCGCAACGCAAAGUUCGCGCAGACGCAGCGGCAGAGUCUGGAGGAUUACCUGAAGAACCUGAUCAGCAUCAUGAUCUUCCGCGGCGAGGCGAACAGACUUUGCCGGUUUCUUGAACUGUCGGCCAUGGGUAUCCGUCUCUCGGUCGAGAACUCGUAUCACGGGAAAGAAGGCCAGCUUUCAAUCAUCUCGACUUCAUCCGCGAGAGGCUGGCGGACAGCCAAGCUAGGGCCGAAGAAUAUCAAAGCACUGUUUACUCGCUACGGAGCAAAGUGGUUUCUGAUCCGUCACUCUUACGUGCUGGUCGUCGACAGCAUGUUUGACGUCGUUCCGAUAGACGUGUUUUUAGUCGACUCUGAUUUCAAGUUCACGCACAAGACCUCAAACGGCUGGCAAACGCGCGAGGACGCCGAAGCCGAGGCGGUUGCGGGUCCGAGCAAUGUGAACAGCAACAACGCCAACAACCGCUCGCUCACGAAAUCGGUCAAGAAAUCCACUAAAGUGCGGUUCACGCUCAAACUGGCAAACGCAGAGCGGAAGAUGAAGGUGCUCACGUUUUCGGAAAAACAAAUGAAGCAGUGGAUGGAUAGUAUGGAUUAUAUGUAUAAGAGUACGCCUUGGGCGCAGAAACACCGGUUUGAGAGUUUUGCACCUGUCAGGCAUAAUGUUUCGGCACAGUGGUUUGUUGAUGGGCGCGACUAUUUCUGGAACGUAAGUCAUGCGAUUGAUAUGGCGCAGGAUGUGAUCUACAUCCAUGACUGGUGGCUCAGUCCGGAAGUGUACCUUCGCCGACCAGCUCACGGCAACCAGCAAUGGCGACUCGACCGACUUCUCAAGCGAAAGGCGGAGCAAGGAGUCAAGAUCUUUGUGAUUCUCUACCGCAACGUUGGCGCGGCAAUCCCGAUUGAUUCAAUCUACACAAAACAGUCGCUGCUCGAUCUCCAUCCCAACAUCUUCGUCACCCGCUCGCCGAACCAGUUUAGGCAGAAUAUCCUCUUCUGGGCACAUCACGAAAAGCUCGUGAUUGUCGACCACAUGAUUCUCUUCGUCGGUGGCCUCGAUCUCUGCUUUGGUCGAUGGGACACGCCUCAGCAUGUGUUGAACGAUAAUAAGCCGACCGGCUUCGAUCGGGGAUCCGAGGUUGACUUUGGCCAGGACACGCAGCUCUGGAUCGGCAAGGACUACUCGAACGCGCGCGUGCAGGACUUUUACGAGCUUAACAAACCGUACGACGACAUGUACGACCGCACAAAGGUCCCGCGCAUGCCAUGGCACGACGUGCAUAUGCAGAUGGUCGGCCAGCCUGCUCGCGACGCGGCGCGGCACUUUGUGCAGCGCUGGAAUUACCUCAUUCGGCAGAAGCGGUCGACGAGACCGACGCCGGUGCUCCUCCCGCCUCCGGAUUUCACUGAUUCGGAGGUCGAGGCGCUGGGCCAUCUUGGAACGUGCGAGGCGCAACUGCUGCGGUCUGCGAGUAGCUGGUCGCUUGGAUUUGCGCACGACAAACUCGAGCACUCGAUCCAGACUGCGUAUUUGAAGGCGAUCGAAGCAUCCGACCAUUUCGUGUACAUCGAGAACCAGUUCUUCAUCACGUCGACCUCCGUCGACGGCACCGUGAUUGAGAACGCGAUCGGCGACGCUCUGGUCGAGCGCAUCCUGCGCGCCGCCAAGCGCGACGAAGAUUGGCGCGCAAUCAUCAUCAUCCCGCUCAUGCCUGGCUUCGAGGCCGAGGUCGACCAGCAGGACGGCACGUCCGUGAGAUUGAUUAUGGAGUGCCAGUUUAGGUCGAUUUCCCGCGGACCGCAUAGUAUCUACUCGCGGCUCGAGCGCGCGGGCGUCAAUCCGGAGGACUAUAUCCAGUUUUUCUCGCUGCGCAAGUGGGGUACUGUCGGGCCGCAGGAUAAGCUCGUUACCGAGCAGCUGUACAUUCACGCAAAGAUUAUGAUUGUUGACGACCGCGUCGCCAUCAUCGGAUCAGCAAACAUCAACGAGCGCUCGAUGAGAGGCUCUCGCGACUCUGAAGUAGCAGCGAUAAUCCGUGAUACCGAUCAAAUCGAGUCCACGAUGGCGGGCGCAAAGUACAUGGUCGGCAGAUUCCCACAUACGCUUCGCGUGCGCCUGAUGCGCGAGCAUCUCGGAAUUGACGUCGACGCGCUCGAAGAUCUUGAACGGCGAGCAUUUUCGGCGGCAGCAGCCAGCGACGCAGAUGACGGUCUCGACGACGACGACAAGAGCGUAACGCUUGAUACCGGGCGCCACGAUAUCUGGUCGAACGUGGCGAAACUGCGGAAGCUGACGAGGAUUCCGCAGAGCUUUGCGGCGUCGCAUGGGGAUAUGACGAACGAGGGGAUGUACGACUCUGACCAGGGCGAGAGCGAGAGCGAAGACGACGUCGACAGCAGUGAGGACGAGAGGGAUGAUGACGAGGCUCGGGAUAGACGCGAGCGGAAGUACGCGUUCUUUUCGCCGCAUGAUGACGAGGAAGAUAUUCGCGAUCACGCCACGGACGAGAAAGCGAAAUCUGGCAAGGUCUCUGCGAGUGAGAAGAAUGAGGCAGCCGCGGGAGCAUCUGUGCCAGUGAUUGAUCCCAACGACGAGAACGACAAAGGAGUUUUGAAAGAGUUCCCAGAGAACCAAGACCUAUCGGAGAAGAUCUUCCACAGCACGGCAGACUCGACAGAGACCUCUGAGAUCAAUCGCACGGAGCACUUGGCCGACGUCGCGGGGUACGGCCAGGACCGCAUGUCUGAGAGCGCGCCGGCAGAACACAAGAUGGCAGCCAAAGUGCGCGAGCGGCUCGAGUACGGCGGCGAAGGCGAUGCCAAGACGCGCGGGAUCGCGGUGCCGCCGGGCAACGAGGCCACGUUCAAGACCGAGGAUCCGCUGCGGUCGAAAGCAGACCCCGCGCAGCCGCAUUCUCAAGGGCGGCUUUCGGCCGGGAAAGCUCGGCAGCCGUACUUGGAGGACGAGGAGACGGGACAGUUUGGAUCUGGGUUCGAAGAGGAGGGAGUUGAUCCCGAAGUAGCGGCGGAGUCGCUCGAGAAGCUCGAGCAGCUAAUCAUGGCGCUUUCGCUUGCCCCCGCCGAGUCUCAUCUGAACCAGCUCGAAGCGCGCGAGAUCCUCGAGACCGAGCCGCCGGAGACGUUGCGAGAGAUCACGCCGGUGUCGUUUGAGGACCCGCUUGCGGAGCAGUUUUAUUUCGACAUCUGGCUCGCGCACGCGGUCAACAACACGAAUAUCUACCGGGAGGUGUUUAGAUGUCAGCCGGAUAACGAGGUGCGGACGUGGAAGGAUUACAAGAAUUACCAGGCCCAUAGCGAGAAAUUCGCAAACGCGCAGACCGCAUCGUCGUCGUCGCCGGGAGGCACGAAUACGCAGAACAAUACCAGUAACGGGUCAACUUCGUCGCGCGGCACGGCUGGUAAAGACGACGGCGUGGUCCGGCGGCGAGGACUUUCGAACCUGGGCCCGAACAAUACAGGAAACGCGGCUGGCGGAGCCGGACUGACGGCUGUGAAUAACCCUGCGAAAGCGGUGAUUGCCACCGCGAUUCCUGGGAUUGCAAAGACGGGCGAGCAUAUUGUGUCUGCGGCAGGAGCAGCCGUGCAUGCGUUGCCGCUGCAUGAUGCGGAUCACAGUGCGGCGGACACUGAAGUCGCUGCUGACGAGACCCCGGUGUCGGACCGCGGCGUGAACGGGUCGGAAGAGGAAGUAAGCCGACAGACCAACAACACGAGCGGAGGCACGCUCCGUCGCCGAAGACGGGUGACGGACGCGAGCAACUUUGGCAACGGAGGCGGGUCGCCUCAUGUAGGCGGUGGCUCGUCGCGGAGAAGCCGCCGGCAGCAGCAGAAGGAUCAUGCGCAUCAUAUCCUCGAUCGGGAUGCUGCGGAACGGCAUCUGUUGAAUGUGCGGGGGCAUCUGGUUGUUUUCCCCAAGGACUGGCUGCUCAAAGAAGACGAAGCUGGAAAUUGGUUUUAUAAUAUUGAUAGAAUCCCGCCUCUUGAGAUUUACGAUUAA